AUCCUCCCACUGCGCAAGUGCAAAACAUCCAAAAUGGCGACCUGUGGUAAACCUGCUUGGGAAUAAGUCAAGGAUGAAGAAAGUUAUUAUGGGUUAUGUAGAAACGUGUCAUGCAGCAUAGAAUUAGAAGCAGUAACACGAAGACUAUUUACUUCCUACUUUUUAAUGUGCUUUCCAGUUCGUUUUCCAAUGACAACUAAAGAAGUUUAAUCAUCUGGACGAGGAUUAUCAACAUGUCGUUUCUAAACAGUUUUAAACGAUUAUUUCGCUUCGGCGGGGAUGAUGAUCACCUGAAAAAAAGACAGUGGAAUAAAAACAUCAAGAAGGAUAUUGAUCCAUUGCAGCUUUGGGAUAUAGUUAGUGAACUUGGAGAUGGAGCUUUCGGGAGAGUUUACAAGGCACAGAACAAGGAAACACAGGUAUUUGCUGCACUAAAACAGGUGGCCAUCAACAAUGAGGAAGAUUUGGAAGAUUUCUCUGUGGAGAUUAAUAUAUUGGCUGACUGUGUCCACCCAAACGUGGUGGGAUUGCAUGAAGCUUUCUACUUUGAUGGAAAACUAUGGAUGUUCCUAGAAUUUUGUGGUGGUGGAGCUUUGGAUAGCAUCAUGGUGGAUUUGGAAAAGCCUCUCACAGAGGACCAAAUUCGUUAUGUGUGUCAUGAAAUGUGUGUGGCCCUUGACUUCCUCCACCGCCACCAUGUCAUUCAUCGUGACAUUAAAGCGGGAAAUGUUCUUGUUACCAUGGAAGGAGAUGUCAAAUUGGCUGACUUUGGAGUAUCAGCCAAAAAUUCCCAGACCCACCAGAAGAGAGAUACAUUCAUUGGUACACCUUAUUGGAUGGCCCCAGAAGUAAUUCUUUGUGAAACACUAAAAGAUACUCCUUAUGACUUCAAAGCAGAUAUCUGGUCAUUAGGAAUCACCAUGAUUGAAUUUGCUCAGAUAGAGCCACCCAAUAAAGAUAUGCAUCCUAUGAGAGUUCUGAUCAAAAUUCACAAGUCUGAGCCUCCAGCUUUAGACCAGCCUUCAAAAUGGUCCAAAAAUUUCAAUGAUUUUAUAAGUAAGUGCCUGAUCAAAGACCCAAAACAACGUCCUACUGCAGUAGAGCUUCUGGAGCAUCCCUUUAUAAGGGAUUACAGGGACAAAACAGCCAUUCUUGAUCUCAUUUGUGAGGCAAAGGCAGAUGUAAUUGAAACUGUGGAGGAUCUCACUGAGGAGGAGGAUAUCAAAGUUUUGAAGCGUCAGAUGAGCGAAGACUCACAGUCCGUGGACCUGGAUAGUGUAUCGGCUACAGCACAGACAGUGAUGCUAAAGAGGCGCGAGGCAGAGAGAAGAGUACUGAAAAAGAAGUGCCAAGAAUUGUUGAACCAAAAAAAGAGGGCCAAGGCUGAAGAGAAGAAAGUUGAGAGAAAGACACCAGAACCAGAGAGAAAGGAACAAGCAGCUAAGGCAGAGGUAGCAGAUAACAAACAGGUUUCUCCAAAGAAAAUUACAGAAUCCUUACCUCCUCCAGCUAACGCACUUUUGGAACCUGUAGCACCUUCAGCAGUACCAUCAACUGGGGUCAAAGAAGAAGUCCAGAGGAGAGGAGUGGAUGAAAGGGAGGAAGAUAAAUUAUCAGAUGAGGGUCUAGGUGUAAGCAGUGAUGAAGUAUCAGAGGGCAGCCAGAAUGAGGGUCAGGCCAGGCAGGAAAAUAGGUCAGCAGAUGAGGAGGAAAGGAAAGUGGCGGCAACAGGUGACACAGACAAUCUUGCAGCUGCCUCAGAUAUUGUAGAAGAAAUUAUAGAUGAUGUUGUUAGCUCCUCAACUGUCUCACCAUCUGUUGCUAGUGUCGUGUUUGAGACUGUCACGGAAUUUAUUGGUGGAGGUGCAGAGUCGCCUUCAGAAGCAAACAGUGCUGAAGAUCUAGAGCAAGAGAAGCCAGCUGACAUAGAGUACAGUGAAAAUGAUAUUUCUGACAUCAUUGACAAAGAGCUGGAUAAUCAGCCUGCUAAUGAGGAGAAGGAAGAGGGGGAAGCAAGAGCAAAAACACCUGAACCCAGCCCUGAGUCCCUGGAGGUCCAAGAGGUGAAAGUUCAGAUCAGUGCAGACAAAGAGGAGGAGGAGCAGCGCAAGGUUAUAACCUUUGGAGGAAAGCCUGUGCCCGAAACAGGUGUUGUUGUUAUCAACGGUUACGCCACAUCCAUAUGCGACUCUCCUACUGAGGAAAAGGUUCCAGUGUCGGGAGUAAAGCAACUGGAUAUAACUACCAAAAGACAGAGUGCCAUCCCACAGACAGACCUUGAUACGUUUGAGACAAGGUUGACCAGUGAAAGUGAUGAUGACACAUCAGACAGGAAGUCUGAUACUGGCAGUAUAAACACUAUCGACAGUGUUGAAAAGGAUGAAAGUGCUGACACUACAGUGAUACAGCGUCGAAAGAAGGGCAACAUUCGUCCCAGAAAUGAAAGCAAGUCUCACUACCGCACGAUGACCAAAACUCGCACAUAUCUGAAGGAUGGAAAAGUUGUAACUUCCACAAUCACCAAGCUUGUGGUCAGUGGUGAGGAGAACAAGGUCAGAGAGGAGCACAACAUCAGGAAACAAGACCUGCGAGAGUUGAAACUUCUUCAAAAGCAAGAAAACAAACAAUAUCAGGACCUUCUGUACAAGAACCAGGUUGACUUAGAUGCCCAGGAACGCAAAUUUGAGUCUGAUAUGCAGACUCUACUCAAGAACUAUGACCAAGAUAUGGAAACCCUUACCAAGCAACAGAAACAGGCUGUGGAGAAGGCAGAGCUGGCACAGCAGCAAGACAUGAAGGCAACAGCCAAACGCAUCAAAGCCGAGCAGGAUAAGGAGCUGAAGAUGUUUCGUGAAAAGCAAAAGCAGGAGAUGAAGCUGCUGAAGCAGGAAUUGGAGAUGAUGUCCAGGGGAGGUGACAAAAAGGAGAAUAUGCGCAAGGCACGGGAAGCCAAGGAGAUUGAUCUUCAGGACAAAGAACGUGUCUUCCUGGAAGCACAGUCAGAGCGUCUAGAAAAACACAUGAAGCAGCUAGCAGACCAGCACAGACAGAAGAUUGCAAUGUUAGAGAGUCAGUUUCUUCAGCAGAAACAACAGCUUCUGAGGGCACGUGAGGCAGCCGUGUGGGAAAUGGAGAAGCAGCAGCUACAUGAGAAGCACCAGCUGGCCAAGGGACAGCUGAAAGACAUGUUCUUCCUCAAGCGACACCAGAUGCUCACUCGCCACCAGAAGGAGAAUGAGCAGAUGAAGCGCUACAACUCUAAAAAAGAGGAAGAGAUGUUGACACGCCAUACUCUAGAGAAGCGACGCCUGCCAAAAAUUCUCAAAGCUGAAGCCAAGACUCGAGCUCAGAUGUUCAAACAAAGCCUACGUCUCUCCACUAUUGGCACCCCUGAGGAUGACAAGAUCAAAAUAAAGCAGUUUGAAGAAAACGAGAAGAAACGCAUGAAAGCUGAACAACAGAGACAAGAGGAGAAACACAAGAAGCAAUGGGAGGAACUGGUCUUCAAAAACGAGACCUCUCUACGGGAGCUUGAGCAAUUACAGGCGGAGAAGCGCAAGUUGCUGAUGGAACAAGAGACACAGAAAAUCAAGGAGCUGGAUGAGCAAUACAACAACGAACUGCGGGAAUGGAAAGCCAACCUCAUUCCACGAAAACAGAAACUGGAAGAAGAAUUCCACCGCCAGAGGGAGGAACAGGAAAAAUUUUAUGGGGCGGCAGCAUUAGGCGAGUCAGAGGCACCGGGUAUGCACCAUCUGUUUAGCAGUUCCAGCAGCAGCAGCAUCCGCAGCAAAGAUAGUCUCUCCUCUUUGUCCUCCCGGCACUCCACCAUCAUCUAGGCCUGCAUCUCACCUCCAAAUGCUUCCUGGUAUCCUAGGAUAUCUUUUAUGACAUGUGGAUGAGGCAUCGUCGCUGUUGAUGAACUGAUUUUUGUGGUCAAAAGUAUGCUUUCAUAUCAUGCCAGCACAGUGUCAACAAGCAUUUGCCAAUGCUGCCUGGUUGCUGAACAUGAACGCCUCACAUACUGCAGGCGCAGCAAGUACUCUGCAUCUGUGCUCAGGCCGCUCACACUGCAUAACAUGACAUUUACGUGUGUAAAAUGUUUUUGAGUUAUCAGAGGGGUUUUUUUUGUGGGGGUGGAGGAGGGUUGAUGACUCUUGAGGUCACAGUGUAGUGCUGGUACACUUUGCUUACCAGCCUUUGUGAAGCUUUCUUCACUAAUCAUUCAGCAUUCGAUGUCUUCUGUGUUGCCGUGACAUAGCUGUCAUUGCUGACCCAGCAUAAAACCCAACAGACUUCUCUGGAAUCUUUGUUUCAGAGCAGUUAAAAACAGAUAACUUUCUUUCAGACUCAUUGCUGAUAAAUAUAGAGCACUUUGUUGCUUUUCAUUUUUUAAAAAGUUACAUUUUUAUGCUGAUGUGGUCAGAGAAAAUUAUAACAUUGAUAUAGAUUGACAUUCUGACUUCAAAUGGUGCAGAAACACGGGAAAUUUAUAAAUAUUGGGUAAAGAAUAUUUACUAAAAUUAGUUUCGGCUAAAGUUUUCUUCCCACCCUCCUAUUCCCCUCAUUAGCUCCUGCUCUCAGUCUGGGUUUUUUUUCCCCACUUCUACUUGCUUUGUAUGGGAAUUUUAUUUUCAGUUGUGCUGCAGAUUCAGAUUCUUGUCUGUAUCUUAGUCAUAUUAUCCCAUAGUCUUUCUGGUGUCUCAGACUAGAAAAACAGACUUUUUCGCAUCCAUCAUUGUACAGAAUUACAGCUGCCACUGUCUCGACAUGUCACAGGGAGUUUAAAAAAAAACUUUUUUAUGGCUUCCGUUAGUAAUUAAUCUGUGAGGAGAAACUUUUCUUUGUCAAGAUUGAUUAACUUGUGGUGGCCAUACGGGCUGAAGAGGACACUGGCACAUAACAAAAUUUGAGACUGUUCAAAUCAAAUGCUGGAAGACCAAUUACUGACAGCUAAACAGCAUAACUUUGAGCUGUUUGAUGCUGUUUAUGUUAUUAACUCCCUGCUUGAAGUUUGCAGUUGUUGAUGUGUUGAUGGUCACCGAACCUUGUGUCUAGAAUCAUUGUGUAAGAGACACUUUACUUUGUUCUUCUUGUCCAUCUCUCUACCUCCCUGUUUCUUUCUCUCUUUUCUCUUAUUCUUGUAUUGUUCCUGAUGAUUCACUGCAUUUCUUGCAGUGGCUCCUGAAAUGCGGCUGACUGGCAGGGACCUUUUAUCACAUGGCAAAAGCUGUGAGGCGAUCAUGAACUCUGAGGGGUUAAUUCUUUGUUGCCCAUAACAGUCAUGUUACUGUAACUCUAUUGGCAAUGACAUGUUCAGGCUGCUCGGGUGAUAGGAACAAUCUGGAAUGUUGAUACUUAUUCCAAAAGUAUGCUUUUUUUUUUAACAACCGAUUUUUUUUUUUUUUAAUAUAUAUAUUCUGUACACAAUUCACAUGAGCAAAGCUAUUGUUGUGCCCCAUUGCUACCAAUGUGGCUUGUGCACACAGGGUUUUAAGCAAAAAACCUUUCCAGUCGAGGUGACAAGUAGUGGCAUCACAUACAUUAUGUCUGAGAAAAGGUAAAAUAGCAAGUUGCUUGCCUCCUGGCUUCCAUAUUGAAUUUGUAAGUAUAUAUCUUGAUAUUCUUUGUGAUUAUGGUGCAAUUUUAGACUUUAUGGUGAUUUGUGGAUGCCAGUGGUUUUUUGGUUUUUUUUAAGCAUAUGUGUAUGGAUGUAGCUGUGUGUGUGUGAAUUGCAGUAGACUCUUUGAGUAAGAACAUUAGCUUGGACAAACUAUAGUACAAAUUCUCUCUGCUUUUCGUGAGGAUAAACUGUCACAGAUAUGAUUUCCACUUUGCUGAUGCACUGUUACCAUAACAGUCACAAGUUGUCUUCAAGCUCUGCAACAGAAUCAAUCACCUUACAGGCCUGUUUGCUGGUUUCUUCACCUGUAUAGGAGUAAUAGAUGCUUAAAGUGUUUCACAAUCUCAGUUCAAGUAUAGUAGACAAAAUUACAGUUUGUGACUUGAUCCUGAGAGAGAGAGAGAUUGAGCUGUUUUCAUGUUGUAGCAAAUGAAUUUAAAAAACAGGUUCAGGUUAGUUGAAUGAGAUUUUGAAGCAUCAAGCUCACUGGAGAAGCUCUGAAUAUAGCAUGAUUUUAGGUAUUUUGUUUAUGUGAAGUUUGGCUGUAUAGCAUAAACAUCUCUUCUUUUACCUUUAGUGUCAACGAUUUUUCAGUCUAUACUGUGAGUUUGAAGCAAUACAACUCCCUACCAAGUUUCCUCCUUGAUGCGGGGUUACCUGUUUAUGAUUGCAGAAGAUAGAUGAUUGAUUUGCCAGGGUGCAGUUUUUUAAUUGACCUAGCUCAGCUCAUUGCAAGAUAUUCAGAAAAUCAGAGCAAUUAAACACCUAUUAAUGAAACAUGAAUCUUUAAAUAUUGACAUUUUCAUCAGUUCAUAGCAAAAACUCAAAGCCAGGAUGUCAUAUCUGUGCAUGGAUAUGUGUAGAUGGAAGAGUCAAAUGCAUACGUUAGAUAUUCAGUUGAGUCCAUGUUUAAUAGCUUGUCUUUCAUAGAACAGCUAGAUUUUUCAUGUAACCCUUAGCCUAUGUUCUAUGGUUCAAGAUCCCUUCAUUUUAAAUCUUUUGGAUUCUUGCUGGGUGUAUGCUGUUUACUUACAGAGUGUACCAACACUUUAUCUUGACUGGGUAUUUUUUGUUGUUGUUUUUUUUUAAAUUGGGUGGGGGGGGAUGUGAUGUUUUUGGUAUGGAAAUCAAUCAGUUGCUUUCCCUUCUAACCUUAUGCAUUUCUUCCUUUUCCCUGUCAAUAAAUCCAUCAAACACUGUUUGAUUGCCAUUUAGUGAAGAGAUCAACAUACGAAAACAUCAAAUAAGUCUUGUGUGUGCUGUUAAUGAAUUUUUUUUUCCAAAUUUAAAUUAGAACAUCUUCCUCUGCACUUUCCUGCAGGCUGAAAAUAGUUAUGGGUGCAAAAUAGACAUUGUUUUAAACAUGCAUAGUAUGUAUGAUCUAGUGCUGAAGGCUGUUGACUAAGUCUGCUGCAAAACAUUUGUAUAUUUUGUAGGAAACCCUGGUGAUUUAUUGCACAUUAGCAGGUGUUGCUUCUUUGUCUAUAGUUUUGUACAUAUUCACUGUAUGGAAAUGUGUGCCCAUUUCACAUUACCUAAUCAAGAAUAUAGUUUUGUGGCACUAGGGGUUCAAAUAAAUUUAUACGUAUAUAUUUACUAUUUUCACACCAUGAAAAAGAUGCUUUUUUUUUUUUUGCUGGUCUUCUUUUGCUCUCCUUUAGUAGAGCUUUUUUACACGAACAAUUGGCGAUUCGACCUUGUAGGUGAAAGUACAGUACCAUGCGCUGAGUGUGCUUCAGAAAGAUGUAAGCUAUUUGUGGAGUGCGUUGUGCAUGCAAGUGGUUGCUCACUCUUUCAAGCCCAGCAGGCAUUCAUUUAUAGUUUGUAACUUUCUCUGUUCAAGCUUGAGUCAUCAAGUCCAUCAAACUUUUUAUUUUAUCUGUCAGUCUUAUAACUUUGCUCUAAUAAUAGAUGGCGAUCGCUUUCAUAAAAAUAAGCAAAAAGAUAAACAUUUUGUCUGUAUAUUAUGAUCAUGGUGAAGCUAAGUAAUUUUAUAGAUCAUUGUACUUUCUUGCCUGCAAAAAAGGAUCAUCUCACACUAACAUGUUGUAAUCUGAUUUUUACACCAGUCCUGGGUGUUCAUCAGCCAGACAAGCUUGUGUACUCAGCAUUUUGGCAGCUUAUUUAUUUUGGGGGAAAAGUUUCAAACCUUUAUGCCUGUGGCACUUAAUAAUCUUAAAUAAACACUUUUCUGGGUAAAUCUUUCAAACGUUAUCUGCUUGUAGGUUUCCUCCAAUCAGCAAAUAGAUAAAACAUAACAUUAACUUGGGACAGGGACAGAUCCACAGGUUGGUCAUCACCAAGACAGAUUUUCUAGUGAAACAAUACCUGACAGGUCAAAGUAGGAUAUUCUGUGUACUUGGAAUAUAUAAAGAACUAAUAUAUAAAGUGGAAAGAAAAAACUGCUAUUGGAGUUGAACAAGGAAAUUAAAAAGAUUAUUCAAGCUCACAUAUUCUGCAGUUAAAAUGGCUACUCUCUUAUUAAUAAUGAAGUCAGUUCAUCACUUCUGAUAUUUCUUUGUUUUGUCAGAAAAGCUUCACAUUUUAUGCAUUAUUGUGAUUAAUAUUACUGCGAGAACUUUAUGUGCUGCCCCAUUUGCAUAAGGGAUUUCUCCCCAGGUCUCUUUCUGGUGGUAUUAAUAAACUGAAGAAAUCAGUCUCCAGAUUGUGAAGAAGUUUUUUUCUAUCUGUUCAUAAUAUGAAGACACCAAAUAAUUUCCUAGAGCCCUAAAUAUAGAGCUGAGAUACCUAUUCGCCUCCAUGGUCCAUUUACUUCUUCCCAAUAACUACUAGCAAAGGAGUGGUUAUUGGGCGGUCCUCCAAGCUAUGGAGUAGAUGCAAAAUGACAUCUCAGGUGUCUGCUGAUCACCAAGAUCAGUAGCUCUUUGCACCUUAGGACCACACUUUGUUGCGAGCUGCUACUACCUCAGUCCUAUAGUUCUGAGUGCUGGUGGAUGGCUGUACAAUGUCUAAAUCAGUUUAAGGAUUUUUUGCAGUGUUAUUGCUCCUCAACAGGUUUUAAGUUAAUGUUUCCAUAAACUAAAAUGAAAUCUUGCCUCCUGAGCUUGAGGCAGGAGCAUAAGGAAGACAAUUUCUACUUUGUUCUAUGGCGCUGUCCGUCACAAGUGUUAGACAAGUAUGAUUUCACAAACUGCCUACAGGUCAUUGAAUAAACAUAUUUAUGGAACA